UGUGUAUCUUAACCUUAUGUAUCAUGGUUGUGGCAGCCAAUGUGUGCCAGAAUGAUGCUCAGAACGCAGGAUCUCCUCUCUCUGGAAGUUUGGGAAUGGCCGGAACUAAUAAUGUCUAUUUUUUGGAUAUUUUGGAAGACCAAGACAGUGAAUUACUCUAUUUUAUUGGGUAUUUUGGUUCAUCUCCAUACGACACAAUAAUCUAUAAGUCAGACCCUGCCCUGGCCAAAGUGAAAGUUAUGACGUAUUAUAUUUACUGCAACUUUCAUACUCUGGCUAUGUCUUCUAGCAAUGACUUUAUCUACAUCCAAGAUCAGAGGACUGGGAAGAUAUUAGAGAUUAGAACUUCAGACCUGGUCAUCUCCAGGGAGUUGGAAGUUAGUUCUGCUUCAGUGGAUUUGAACACAAACAUGGAAGUGGACAAAGGUUUCUACUUCAGCUUCAUCAUCAGCUCAAUUAUGCACACUUGCAGAUGGGACAUGUCAAGUACCAAUCUAGAUUGAUUCACUUUCGGAGCCAACAGUCCUCCCAGUUUAGCUCCAAUCAGUGCUGAUCUGUUAUUCUUUGGGUCAAUUGACACAGCAGCCGACCAAUAUUACCUGGUGAGCUACAACUUCUCCUCCUCCAGCCAGGUCUGGAAGAAGAGCAUUGCUUGUCCCACUUCAGGAUGAGUGAGCAAAUACAGUGCCUCCCUGCUGAGUACCGAUGAAAGUUGGAUCUACACAAUGGUUCUGUACGAUGGCAACUUUAUUUUCCACAAACUCAGCACUGCUGAUGGGAGUCCUCAAAAUUCUGGACUUAUUUGGAACGACAGUGGGUAUUUGUAUAGUUACUCCAUAAAAGAGUUUAGUGACUUCAUUGCCAUUAAUAUUUUUAGUACCUCACUUUCAAUACCUACAAGGUUAAUCAUGGUGACAUCCUCGACAACAGAAAUUCUGAAGGAGUACAAGGCGAUAGACUCGAGUGAUUAUGCAGUAGGAAGGCUAUUAUAUCAAGGUGAAGAGCUAAUGUACCAUUCUGGAAGAAUAGAGACUAAUUAUGCAUUCUUCUUUUCAAGAACACCAACCAACAACAUUGAGCAGAUUUCUGAGCUUCAAGAAGACACUCCUUUGUUUAGCUCAAUUACCACAAACUACCAGGCGUCUGCAACAGCAUCUAACCCAAGCAUCACAACAAGCACUAAGACUCUCAAUAUUGUCACCUCUCCAGCUAUCACUACCACAGAUAUCACAUCAUCGACCAACCCCUCAUUUGCCAAGUAUGUGGCUUUAUGGAAUUCAGACCUCGUACAGUCGGUGCAGAGUAAUUCUUCGGUCCAACUGAGUUUCACUUGGGCCUGUGCUCAAUCAUCAAAUAACACUGCUAUCACUUUCAGUCUGAACCAGACUGGAACCAAUGUGAUCCCUGAUUGGGUAAAUUUAGAUGCAAGCAGCCUACAGUUAAAUCUUACCACCACCCCCAGACUUACAGUUGCUACUGUUUAUUACUUUUCUCUGAAGAUUGCCUUCAACAGUGAGGUUCACUACAAGAACUUCCAAAUCACCGUCGAAGAGUGAACAAUUGGGCACUGAGACCUCUGACAAUUAGGCAGCCCCAGUAUUUGACAGACUUGUACAGAUGGCUACCAAAGCUCUAACGGAGGCACAUCUUGUUCCAUUAUGGCUUCAUCAACUGAAGCAACUACUCCAACUGAAACAACUACUCAAACUGAAGAAACUGCAAUAACUGGAGCAACUGAGACUACUACUGCUCUUAUUGGUUGAAGUGUUGUGGCUGCUAGUGCUUCAUCGAUGUUAUCAUUAUCGUCUAUAAACUCAGUAUUUAGCCUUAUGAACGGUAUGCAACUGAUAUUGUUAUUACCUAUGGUUCCUGACUUCUUAUCUCCUGUAGUCGAAGCUUAUCUUAACGGAGUAAGCUUCGCAAUGUUUUCUUUCGAUUUCAUUAAUAUCAAAGAUCUGUGGUUUAUAAGCGAUAUUUCCAGCUCUCUGUCGUAUCCUCAAACCGAUAAUUACCUGAAUGAUCUUGGAUUGAGGUCAAAGAGCUCAAUCGCAAAUAACCUGUCGUUAUUGCUAAUUGUUGUCUUAUUUGGAUUCGUUCAUUUAGGAAUUUAUAUAAUGGUAAAGUGCACUAAAAAUUCAAAGCAUCGCAAGUGAAAAAGUUUUAUUGAUAAGCUUUUCAAGUUCUUCACGUUCAACAUAUACAUAAGGCUGUUUAUUCAGGCAUUCUUGUUCCUGUGCCUGUCAAUUUUCUCAGAGUUUAGCGCCCUCAACUUCAACUCGACUGUAGCCGAAAUAUCUUUUGGGUUAUGAGCUGUUUUGACAAUAUGCUCGAUUGUGUUGCUUCUUUUAUGAUUUCAUAUGUAUUAUAUAUCAUGCUCUCAAGUUGGGAGGGAUAAAUAUUGGCAAUGAAGUGAAUAUUUUAAUGGGGUUAAGGCAAAUAAAUACUCCAAGCUUUAUUCAAGCGUGUACUUGACGACUAGAGUUUUGCUAGUAUUAUUUCUCAUUUUAGGGAAAUCAUUCAGCGCAAUUUAUAAAGCUGCUUUCUUCUGCUUUCUAAAUUUUUCUUAUGGAGUCUAUUUGCUUACUUCCAGACCAUUUGAAAACCCACAAGAUAGCAUUAUUGAGUGAAUAAAUCAGACUCUGUUCUCCUUCUUGACGGUGCCAUUGUUGUGGUUAAAUACAGAAGAGUCAUGGACUUCAUCCUAUGAAACAUUUUAUACAACCUUAUUUGUCUCUGCUUCAAUAAUAUCGAGUAUAGUAUGUUUCAUAUUUCUCAUAAAACUAAUUAUCACCUUCUGGAGAAAAAGGAAAGCAGCACAACCCCUACAAAAAACCUCCCCUAAAGAGGCAGCCUCUCCUCCAAGAGCUCCCCAGGACGAAGAACUAGAGACUCCUAGCCCAUUGGCUACAUCAAAAUCCCCCUUCACUAAACCCCAGAUGCACAAACUCCCUAUUCCGCCCAGUAAGGCCAUCCAAGUUCUGCCUUCUAAAAACCUGACUUUGGAAGAACUGAAAUCCUAAUUCUGUAGACACCCCUAAUUUAUGAAUA